AUGUCGAGGUUGCUUGUGCACUACAAAAUUGAAAAAGAAAAGCAGUUGAAGCAAAAGAUUAGAUUAAUCCUCUCUCUCUCUCUCUCUAUUGGCAGUCGCUUUCUCUCUUUCUACACUGUACCGUUGCAGUUAUCAGUCAGUAAUCACCCUGCCCCUUAUUUUCAGCCAAGAAACAAACAAAACAAUAACCCAAAACAGGGAAAAUGCUCUGCUCUCCUUCCUCUUUCUCUCACUCCCUCCAUCAAAUUUUAAUCCAUAAUUCCCUUUCAUAAUCCCCUUAAAUUAGUCUUCUUUCUUCUUAUUGCUCCCCUUCUUGGAUACCUUUCUGUUUCAGCUGUCAUUUGUUGCUGACAAAUUCAAACAAGAUUUCAUUUUGGUUUCCAAUUCCAAUAGAAAGAUCCCAUUUUUCUUGCUGGGCAUUCAUCAAGAUUAGAAUUUCUGCUGCUUGAAGCAAAUGGGUCGUCAGAAAGAAUCAAUCUUGAUUGUUCUUCAUCUCCUACUCAAAUUUCAAGUUUUUGCCGCAGCAGAGUAUCCAGCUCCUCUCAAUUGUACAGACACAUCUCGUUUAUGCACAUCGUUUCUAGCCUUCAAGCCCUCUACACAGCAGAGUCUCCCAGUGAUCUUAAGCAUGUUUGAUGUGUUGCAAGAAGACGUAACCGUUGAAGGAAAUGGGAGGGACUACGUUUUUAUAAAAAAGAACUGUUCUUGCGCUUUGGAGCUGCAUAAAUACUUGACCAAUACAACUUUUACAGUCAGAGAGAAUAAUGGAUCUGUUUAUGGUCUAGUGAGAGAAUCCUAUGAUGGGUUGGCCUAUUUUCCCUCGAAUCUCACGAGGGCGGCGAAGAGAGGCGCGGUGGUGUCGUUGAGGCUGAUGUGUGGUUGCUCAAGUGGGCUGUGGAAUUAUAUGAUGAGCUAUGUGAUGCAAGAGGGAGAUAGUGUGGAGUCUCUGGCUAGCAGGUUUGGAGUUAGUAUGGAUAGUAUUGAGAGUGUUAAUGAGAUUGCUAAUCCUGAUAAUGUCACUGUUGGGGCUCUCUACUACAUACCACUGAAUUCUGUUCCUGGUGAGCCUUAUCCUGUAAAGAAUGAGACAACCCCGACUCCAGCUCCAGCUCCAGCUCCGUCUAUUGGUAGCAUUGUAGGAGAUCAGGUGAACAAAAAAAGUCACGUACCUUAUUGGUGGAUCAUUGGAAGUCUGGCUGUUGGUUUGGCUCUUAUUAUCGUGAUGGUGCUACUUUUCGUUUUCUUGAGAUCAUCGGGCUGUUGCAGAGGAUCCCAAGGAAGUCAGGCAAAAGACUCUGAUGCGAAGAGCUCUCACAAAUUUCACAUUCUGCGGAACACAAGUUUCUGCUGCGCUUCAGGAAGGUCCAUAUGUGGCAAGUCGGGAGACUUCCACAGACCUAAUGGGGAAUCUAGUAAUCGCCAUAUGAACAUUCCUACAGUUAUAGGAACCGAUGUCUUUGAGGUGGAGAAGCCGUUAGUUUUCACAUACGAAGAUAUUCUGUCUGCAACAGAUGGCUUUUCCGAUUCUAAUCUUUUGGGACAUGGAACAUAUGGCUCGGUGUAUUAUGGCCUCCUACAGGACCAGGAAGUGGCUGUUAAAAAAAUGACUGCUACCAAGACCAAAGAAUUUAUGGCAGAGAUGAAAGUGCUAUGCAAAGUUCACCAUACAAAUUUGGUAGAAUUGAUCGGUUACACAGCUACUGGUGAUGACCUCUUUCUCAUAUAUGAAUAUGCUCAAAAGGGUUCACUUAGAAGUCACUUGCACGACCCUCAGAACAAAGGCCAUACAUCACUAUCCUGGAUUAUGAGACUUCAAAUAGCACUCGAUGCUGCUAGAGGCCUGGAGUACAUACACGAGCACACAAAACCUCACUAUGUACACCGUGAUAUCAAAACAAGCAAUAUUCUACUCGAUGGAAGCUUCAGAGCAAAGAUAUCAGAUUUUGGUUUGGCCAAGCUUGUUGCAUCGGCAAAUGAUGGGGAAGAGUCGGUCACCAGAGUUGUUGGAACGUAUGGCUACCUAGCUCCUGAAUACUUGAGGGACGGCCUUGCAACGACCAAAAGUGAUGUUUAUGCAUUCGGUGUGGUGCUUUUCGAGAUGGUCUCCGGGAAGGAGGCCAUGACGAGGAGUGCUGAAAGGCGCUCGUUAGUGUCAAUUAUGGUGGCAGCGCUGAGGAACUCGCCCGACUCCAUGACCAUGUCAAGCUUGAAGGAUCACGCCGAUCCUAGUUUCAUGGAUUUGUAUCCCCAUGACUGUCUUUUCAAGGUGGCGAUUUUGGCGAAGCAAUGUGUGGAUGAGGAUCCCAUUUUGAGACCAGACAUGAAGCAAGUAGUGAUAUCUCUUUCGCAGAUACUCUUGUCAUCGGUGGAGUGGGAAGCAACUCUUGCCGGAAACAGUCAAGUGUUCAGCGGUCUUGUUCAAGGCAGAUAAGGAAAUCUUUUCCCAAUUGCAAAAAACUGCCAUUUUUGAUCUCUAUUCAUCUGUCUCGCGUGUAGUUUUUGUGUAUAGAAGCAUAGAUUUUGAUUGUGUGUUGCAUACAUUCUUUUCUUUUAGAAUUCUUUCAUCGCUUGCUAAAUACUAGUAUUACAAAAAGUAGUUUUCUUUUAAAAUUCUUACAUUGAUGUAUUAAAUAUAUUAAUAUAGGAAUGACAAGUGACGCAUUUUGUCGUA